AUGAAAACAAGUAGAGGUGGUCAGUCGUUGCCGAGGCCCAAUUCCGUAGGACAUUCGCGAGGAUCAAACUCGCCAAAGGGGGGCAGACGUGGAGGAAACAACAAAGCCAAGAGUUUCUUUCGAGACGUGCCAGAAAAAGAUCGAAAGAAGUUCCCAGCUCAGGGCAGCAAUGCAACAGGUUUCCCUUCGAAACAACGUGGAACGCCGGGAGUGCAAAAGACAACAAAUUUUAAGCGGAUGCCGGUCGACCGGAGCAGGAGAGUAAAUGAUAGCGGCAGUGGCAAUAGGUCGUCCAAUAAUCCCAAUCGAAGCAAGGGGCAAGGCAUAGAUAAAACGUUUAAUACUGGCAAAAGGAAUCAAUCUAAAAAUGGACCAAACCCGCGACCAGGAUCCAGCACCGACAGAUUUGCCACUUCAAAGCCCAGAGAUGCUGAUCAGCUGUUUACCUGUAAACCGGAGAAACUCAACUACUGCCUGGCACCGGAUCGCCUCGAAGCUCAAGCUCGCGCAGUGAAACACUUUGAGCGCCAGGAACGGGACCAGGCGUUUCAGCAUCGGAAAGAGGAGCGCACCCGACUGCACAAGCUGAUGAUGAAGAAAACGCGCAAAGGACAACCCGUCAUGCAGGGCCGUAUGGAAAUGUUGUUUGAGAAGGUGAAGAAAACGGUUGGGGUGCAGUAGUAAACAGCGGAAUAAAACAAACCAAAGGUGGACAUUCUUUUCUA